UUAUCCGUCGCCCUUAAGUUUACUACAAUUUCUCCCGUCUUCUUCUCCCUCGCAAACUUGUUCGCACGGCGUCGCUCUCUCUCUCUCUCUCUCUCUCUAGGAGCAGCGACUUCCGACGCCACGCCAUGAACUGAAUCUCUCUCUAAAGUCGUCGCCGCCGCCGCCGCCACCUUUGACAGCGUCGCCGUCGUCGUCUUCUUCUUCCGAUGGCGAAUCACAAGAACUGCCCGAACCCUUUCCAGAGCUUCCCCUUCAAGUCCAAGAAGGCCAACCUCUACUACAUCACCACCGCCUCCAUCCUCUGCUCCCUCUUCUACCUCCUCGGCAUCUGGCAGCACUCCGGCGGCGCCUCCUCCGCCAUCUCCUCCUCCGGCUUCCCCAGAUUGCCGUGCACCAUCCCCAACGUCGUCCGCCCGUCCCCGCCUCGCAACGCCACCUCCGCCUCGGCCUCGGCCUCCGCCGCCAACGUCGUCCUCGACUUCUCGGCCCACCACAGGGCGGAGGACCUCAUCCGAACGGAGGCCGCGGCGCAGGAUCUCCACUUCCCUCCCUGCGACCCGAAGUUCUCCGAGUACACGCCGUGCGAGGACGUGCAGCGAUCGCUGAGGUUCGAUAGAGAGAGGCUGGUGUACCGGGAGAGGCAUUGCCCCGAGCAGGGAGAGAGGCUCAAGUGCCGGAUCCCAGCGCCGCAUGGUUACAGAGCUCCGUUCCAGUGGCCGGAGAGCCGCGACAAGGCAUGGUUCGCCAACGUUCCGCACAAGGAGCUGACCGUGGAGAAGAAGAAGCAGAACUGGGUCCAUUUCGAGGGCGACCGGUUCGUCUUCCCCGGCGGCGGGACGAUGUUCUCGAACGGCGCCGACGCGUACAUCGACGACAUAGGGAAGAUGAUCAACCUCAAGGGCGGUUCCAUAAGGACCGCCAUCGACACCGGUUGCGGGGUGGCUAGCUGGGGAGCUUACCUCUUGUCCAGGAACAUCCUCACGGUGUCGUUUGCACCGAGAGACACCCACGAAGCUCAAGUUCAGUUCGCUCUCGAGAGGGGAGUGCCCGCCCUAAUCGGAGUCCUCGCUUCCAAGAGGCUUCCAUACCCUUCGAGAGCGUUCGACAUGGCUCAUUGUUCUCGCUGCCUCAUUCCUUGGGGUCAGUAUGAUGGGGCAUACUUGAUGGAGGUCGACCGGGUUCUGCGUCCCGGAGGUUACUGGAUUCUGUCAGGGCCACCAAUAAAUUGGGAGAGACACUGGAAAGGGUGGGACAGAACGGCCGAUGAUCUUAAAGCAGAACAAGAUAGGAUCGAGAGCAUAGCGAGAAGCAUGUGCUGGAAGAAGUUGAAACAGAAGGGCGAUAUCGCAAUCUGGCAAAAACCCACCAACCAUGUCCAUUGCAAAAAGAACCGCAAGGUGUUUAAGUUCCCGCCUUUCUGCCCCGCACAAGACCCCGACAAGGCCUGGUACGCCCAAAUGGAGACCUGCUUAACCCCACUUCCUGAAGUGUCUGACAUUAAGGAUAUAGCGGGAGGGGAGCGAGCAAAAUGGCCCGAAAGACUGACCGCCGUGCCUCCGAGGAUUGCUAGCGGAAGUGUAGGAGUAACAGCAGAGGCAUUCAAAGAAAACACCGACUUGUGGAGGAGUAGAGUCUCCUACUACAAGUCCCUGGACCACCAACUAGCCCAGAGAGGAAGAUACCGCAACUUGCUCGAUAUGAAUGCCAACUUGGGAGGUUUCGCGGCUGCUUUGGUGGAUGAUCCAGUGUGGGUCAUGAACAUAGUCCCGGCCGAGGCCAAGACCGACACCCUUGGAGUGAUAUUUGAGCGCGGAUUGAUAGGAACUUAUCAGAGCUGGUGUGAAGCCAUGUCCACUUAUCCGAGGACUUACGACUUCAUCCACGCCGAUUCCGUAUUCACCCUCUACAAUGACAGGUGUGAGAUGGACGAUAUUUUGUUAGAAAUGGAUAGGAUUUUGAGGCCUGAAGGCGGGAUAAUUUUCCGUGACGACGUAGAUGUUUUGGUAAAGAUCAAGAGCAUGCUAGAUGGGAUGCAAUACGAGAGCAGGAUCAUAGACCAUGAAAGGGGACCUCACGAAAGAGAGAAGGUCCUUUUGGCAUACAAGCAGUACUGGACAGCUCCAGGCCCAACCGAAGCAACCAAAAAUGUUUCUUAGUCAUAGACACGGGAGAGACACUCACUUCUCUCUUGUUUUGCAUUUCUUGUGUUCUUUUGCUUUUUCUUUCCAUUAUUCUUGUGUUAAUAAUUUAAUCGGCAUUCAAUUUUUUGGCGCCCAA